AGAACUACUACUACUGUCAAAGUCAAAAAUAAAAUUCAAAACGUUGAAAUUGCACAAAUUGUUAGUUUGUACUUGUACCUUUCUUCUGAUUUUAAUCAGCAAAGUAUUAAUUAUUUACGACUAUUGAUUAUUGUAAAUGAAUAAUACAAUUAAUCAUAAAUAUAGCACUAUAGUAAUUCUAAAAAUAGUCAAUCAAGCAAAAAUUUGCCGGGCAAAAAAAAAAACAUUGCUUUUACUUGGAUUUUCUCGUUAACGCAAUAGAAAUUAAAGACAAAGUUCUAUAAAUCGUUAAUUUAAGGGAGACUUUAAUUUCGCAAUAGAAAACGCAGUGUAAACCUGAAAUAAAAUUAUUACUGCUUGUAUCUUGCAUUUAUUUGCAUAAUACAAUGAAUUCAUUAAAUAAUGUGUUUUCGUCACGUAUGAUUGUUGGAGCGGCAAUUGUCGGCAUCGUAGGCGCUGCUGGCGUCUUCAUAUAUGAACAGAUGUAUGCGGAAAAACGAAGAGCCAUGCUAGUGCGGGAAGUAGCAAGAUUAGAUAACCAGAUCGCAUCAAUGAGGACGGAACUCGAGAGCUUAAGAGAACUGCAGAAAGAAACACACCUUCGGCGAGUGAAACAAAAAAAAUCUGGCAGACCUCGACCUGAAAGGGCUCCAAAGAAGUCUGCACCAAGUGGAGAUGUUGUUGAUGCACCGGAACAGAGCUAUGCAUCGGACUCUGAAUAUUACACCGAUUACCAAUCUAUAGGUGGAACCGAUGCUGAGAUGGACAGUGAGGAGUUCUAUGAUGUUCACACGGAUGAUGAUGAUGAGGAUGAUGACACAUUGAGAGCAUCCAUUAGAAAUGGUCUCAUGGCUAAUUUGGAAGAGGAUCCAUCGGAUAAGAAUGACAGUCCAAAACUAUCGAUAAGAAAUGCAACUUAGCUUUAAAUAUAUAAAUAAGAUUGUAACGAAAGACUUUUCGUACGGGAUCGGUACGCUAGGAAUGGAUAUUAGCUUUAUUAUACAAUUACAAUAUAGAAAUACAUAUAGUCGUUGUCAAACUAAAAUCAGCUUUGUGCACUUUUUGACAUUUUUAUUUUUUGACGUUUUCGUAUAGUUCACAGCCCUAUCUACCCUAUAAAAAAAACUGUUAUGCGUCUAUAGCUUUAAUAUUUAUCUAUAGCUUUCAUUUGAUAUAGUUCUUAAAAAUUCACCUUCAUAUAAAAAUUUAUACGGAAAUUAUUUUUACUGGUUAAUUCAAAAUAGAGUUUUUGCACAUAGCAGAUUUUGGUUUGACAACGACGAUAUUUUAAUGAUAAAAUUGAUGCAUGGAUUUGUCUGGGCUGAACCUUUGCCCAGUAUCCUUCAAAUGAGGCUCAAUAAGGAGGUUCUACUGGAAGUUGAGGGGUGGCUUCCGGCUUCGCUAGUGAUGGUUGACGAUGGUGACCACUGCGCAUCGGAUGGUCAAUAUCAUCUUUAAGAAAAACUUAAACAUAGAGGCUAUCCUGAUUGGACGAAGCAAGCAAGGAUUUCGUUUUAAAAUGUCUACAACUGUGUAGCGUGUAGCGCCAUCUGUACACAACUAAAGAAAAGUGAAUUUAGUUGAUGAAUAGUUUGAACUCAGGCAAUUAUUGGUGGUAGGACGUCUUGUGAGUCCGCGCGGGUGGGUACCACCGCCCUGCCUAUUUCUGCCGUGAAGCUGUAAUGCGUUUCGGUUUGAAGGGUGGGGCAGCCGUUGUAAUCUCGAGGUGGGUGGCGCAAUUACGUUGUAGAUGUCUAUGGGCUACAGUAACCAUAAAAAUAUAAAUAAGGUUACAUCAUUUUCUGAUGCCGGUUAAAAUAAAACCACAGAUUACAUUAAAUUGUAUUGAUUAAUCAAAUAAUAUUUUUAAUGGAAAAAAAUAUUUAAUCAAUUUGAAUAUUUUUUUAUAAAUGUAUUUGCGUGAAUUUUACCUUAAAGCCGUGUAAUUUGAUUUCAAUUAUGGGACUAUGUGUUUUUUUUAUAUGUAAUUACUUAAAUCGCCAACUUAUAUUGCCUGCUGAAUCUACAAGGGCGCCACUAGUUACACUAUGGACACUAAACAAAUAUGAAUUUCACUUUGAAGGGAAGGGUCAUGCUGUUGAUUCGAUACGAGAUGAAAUUUUUAUCUCAGCGUCAGAGAUGAGCGAUGAAAUAGAUAUCUGCGGGUUCCGUACAAUAUCAGAUGGGCAUCAGAUUGUUUGAAGUGAUAACUUCUUAGGAUAAACCGAUUCGUAACGUAACGCGUUACGGCGCCAGUCUGUCGGCCGUCUCUUUCUCUCACGCAUACGGCAGCGGUACUAAGAACUUAUGUAAUUCCUAACAAUUUAUAUAUCUUUUGUAAUUUAUGUUAUAAUUUUCCUUACAUUAUCAUAUUAAUCUUUAAUCUCUAUAUAUAUAAAUGAAUUGCUGUUCGUUAGUCUCGCUAAAACUCGAGAACGGCUAAACCGAUUUGGCUAAUUUUGGUCUUGAAUUAUUUGUGGAAGUCCAAAGAAGGUUUAUAAGGUAGAUAAAUAUGAAAAUGCUCGGAAUUAAAUAAAAAUGACAAUUUUGUUUUUCCUUUGACGUGUCCCCCGUCGGACCGAUUUCUUUUGUUUGUUUUAAGUUAAUUUUAUACAAUUUUAUACAAUUUAUUUAUCGAUUGAGGCACUACAAAGUCUGCCGGGUCAGCUAGUAUGCAUUAAAUUUGAGUAACAACCUAAGCUUUUCUCGAGUAAAACAAUUUCAAUAUUUAAAUAGUUCAACUUAGAUUUGUUUAAGCUAUCACUUCUAUAUUAGUCUAAGGAUCUCUGACUUUAAUACUAUGUCUAUGUAUAGUUUGUUGGUGCUAGCAACGAAGUCUCGACAAUGAAGUUACAAUACUGUCACCACUAGAUUUUUCAGUUGAUGUUCGGACCAUUUUGGUCUUAAAACCUCUACGGUAUUAAUGUAUUUUAAGGGUAGGCAGCAAGUUGGCUGUGCCUCUGCCAUUGAUGACGUCCAUAGGCGAUGGUAACCACUCAUCAUCGUGUGGGCCGUAUGCGCGUCUGUUUAUAAGGCCAAUAAUAAAGAAUCUAACGGAAUAUGACCCUAAUUGUUGUUGUGAAUUGGGUUCGAAGAUUCAAAACAUCGCUGCCUAGCUCGCAAGUCUCGUCCUGUCAGUAUUGCCAUAAUAAAAGGAAUCAAAGUUGCCAAGAUUGGGUGGAAUUAUAUCUCGAAUUUCAAUAUAAUAUUAUUAUUAUUAUUUUUAAUUUUUAUUUGUAUCACGAAAUGGUGUUUGUUAAUGAAAAUAAAGGUUUUCAAUACAAAAA